AGAAAAGAAAGGUGUGGGGGGGGAGGGAGAGCAGGGCAGGAGAAGGAGGAAGAAGAGCGUCCCAGUCACUCUCCAGAGAGAGCCUAAGGCUGCUGUUCUCUUCCUUGCGCCCCACCAAGGCAUUUCCAGCGCCCUGCUCGUCCCUGUGCCUGAGCCGUCCCCUCCAGCACCAUGGUAGACCGGGGCCCCUUGCUGACUUCUGCCAUCAUCUUCUACCUGUCCAUUGGGGCAGCUAUCUUUGAAGUCCUGGAGGAGCCGAACUGGCAAGCAGCGACGGAAGAUUACAAGGACAAGAAAAUUGAGCUGCUCAAGGAGUUUCCCUGCCUGAGCCAGGAGGGGCUGGAGAAGAUCCUGCAGGUGGUGUCAGAUGCUGCUGGGCAAGGGGUUGCAAUCACUGGGAACAACACCUUCAACAACUGGAAUUGGCCUAAUGCUGUCAUCUUUGCUGCUACAGUAAUCACAACAAUCGGCUAUGGAAAUGUUGCUCCUAAGACACCCGCUGGACGUGUCUUCUGCAUAUUUUAUGGGCUUUUCGGAGUUCCUCUCUGCUUGACAUGGAUCAGUGCUUUGGGGAAGUUCUUUGGUGGGCGUGCCAAGAGGCUGGGCCAGUUCCUAACAAAGCGAGGAGUAAGCCUGCGAAAGGCACAAAUUACAUGCACAGCUAUUUUCAUUGUCUGGGGAGUCUUAGUCCAUCUGGUCAUUCCUCCCUUUGUCUUUAUGGUGACUGAAGGCUGGGACUACGUUGAAGGUCUCUAUUUCUCAUUCAUCACAAUCACCACUAUAGGAUUUGGAGACUUUGUUGCUGGUGUAAACCCGGACGUGAACUACCAUGCCCUUUACAGAUAUUUUGUGGAGUUAUGGAUUUACCUGGGCCUAGCUUGGCUUUCACUCUUUGUCAAUUGGAAGGUCAGCAUGUUUGUGGAAGUCCACAAAGCAAUCAAGAAACGGAGGAAAAAAAGGAAAGAGUCCUUUGAAAAUCACUCUCCCUCUAAAAAAGCCCAUCAGAUGGGCAGCUCCAAGGAUGUGAACAUCUUCAGCUUCCUUUCCAAGAAGGAAGAGACCUACAAUGAUCUCAUCAAGCAGAUUGGGAAGAAGGCUCUGAAGACAAGCAAUGAUAAAAUGAUUAAAGCAGAAAAUUCCAAACCAAAUAUCCAGAAUGACAACAAGGAUGCCCUGGUGACAUACACAAAGAGCAAAUCAUUCGAUUAUGACAACAUUUCCCUAGGACUCAAAAACGGUCACAUUAUGAGGCACCUAAAUGACAAACGCACUGGAGACCGCCCCCUGGAGGGCACAGUGUUUAUAAACCAGCUGGACCGAAUCAGCGAGGAAGAAGGGGAAGCUUGGGACUCCAGGGAUUACCGACCCUUAAUCUUUGAGAGUGCCAAUAUAAAUUUUGUAAAUGAGGAAGAAGACGAUGAGGAAGAUCUUUCAGAUGAUGAGGAAACUUCAAAGUCCUCCAUGGAUGACAAUCUUGCAGAGGAACCUGAGACUCCCAAAAAACUGGUGAAUUUCCCAUCCUCUGAUGAAUCUACCUUUACCAGUAAUGAGUCGGAGAUUUCUGUGCCUUAUGAACAACUGAUGAAUGUGUACAACACAGUAAACAAUGUAACAGCUACAACGUGAAGCAGCACGCAUUUUGGCAAUGGUUUUUUGAAGGUGGUUAAUACUGUCUAUUCAAAACUUAUGCAGGAGGAAGGCAGAUUUAUUGCUAGCACCUCCUGUCUCCAACACCCAAACCAAAAACCUCCUAUGUCUUAAUGUCAUCAACAGUUGCUUUUUGGAGUCCAAUCAGCUUUGCUUGUCUAUGUUAGAACAGUUACAAGAUGACAAUUUUAAAGCUUGAGGCAUCUUGCUUCCUCUUGGGCGUCUAGUUCUUGCAGAAAGUGGGAAGAAAUGACUAAAGUUGUUACACUGGACCUGUUUUUUUUGUUGUUGUUGGUGUGGUUUUUUUUUUUUUUUUUGGUUUUGUUUUUUAUUGUGCUUUUCAUGGGAGAAUUCAUUUGGGUGUAAAACUAUACAGUUGCAGACAAACUGGUUUAGGCAUAUAGAACAUGUUAGAUUACUGCCUCUCACCUCUGGAAAGCUGGAUUCAAGUCAUGCCUAGCUCACAAGUGAAAAUAAGUGUGAGGUCUUAUCCUAGCCACACAUCACCAACUUGCUACCACUAGAUGUGGCAUAACUGGUAGGCUCUCUCCAAGAGAAGCUUUGGUACUGGAAUAGCAGGAUGUACUUAAGAUCAGAGUUGAGGUGAGUAAAGAAGCUUCAGAGCUACCAUGGUGUUUGUCUGGGUUAUGCCAGUGUUAUUAGUAAAUGGUGAACAGUGAAUUUAUGAACAAAAAUAUUAAAUUAAAAAAAACGCCGAAGGAACUGGCUUAAAGAGAGCCUGAUUAGCAAACCAGAACCUACCUGGGAUGAAAUCAUCCUUAGGGGCAUGAACACUUGUGGCUAACGUUCACUGUGUCCAGCAGCCAAGAACUGUGCAGGGGGGGGAGAGGAAGCCACCAUGAUCAAAGUAAAGAGGAGCACAAAGGAUAUGUCAGACUUUUUACAUGGAAAGUGUCCUUCCACUGUCCAUAUUUUAGAGAAAAUACUUGAAUACACUUUGUCUGUACAGAUGAAGUUUUAGUUAAACUGUCUUUUUGAGUAAAAUCACCUUUUGGGUAUCAGAUUCUGUCUGAAUGUUGCAAUGCCUGUCAAAGGGACCUGAAGAGCUGCUACAGAAACCUGUACAGUAUGAUCACUAUCUCUGGUUCAGAAACUCUUGCUGUACCUCCCCAACUUGAUACUUCAGAUUAGACUUGAAGUUGAGAUGGUUUUAAAAACAGUCACAUUUUGAAUAUGGUAUUUUUAAAAGCAUGACCCACUUGGGUAUUCAAUGGUUAUUCUAACACACUUCCAAGAAGGUUGUGUAAAGGUAGACUUGGGUAAAAUUUUCAGACGUGCCCAUGACUUAGGGAUUGUCUACUCAGAGGAUUAGUGCACAACAGAUAAGAAAGUGAAUCGACAGUGCGCUAGUUUGCUGCAUGCUAACUGACCAUGUGGACCCUGCUACCAUGCACUAAAAUCUCUUUAGUGUGCUUUGACAUAUUCCCAUAUGAAAGCAUACUGUGGAACUUUGUGUGUUGUAGCAGGGUCCACUUGACCAGUUAGUGUGCACCAAGCAAGGGCACUGUAGAUUUAUACCCUGGCUUGCUUCAUGCUAACUCUGGGUAGACAAGCCCUUAGGAGUCUGAGUCACUUUUGAAAAAGGGACUUGGGCUCCUAAGUCGCUUGGGCACAUCUGAAAAUUUUACUACUUGCCUCUAAUUAGAGCUUUUGGUUGGUUGUGGGGCUUGUGGGCUGUUUUUUAAUGUUAACCCCCAAUGUUUUGAGUAAAAAGAAAACGGUAAUAUGUUUUCCUUCCCUUUUUAAAAAAAAAAGAUAUCCACGCAUACACCAUGUAAAACUCUUUCAAGUGAGCUCUUGAUUACAUGUUGGCAAGAGGUGCUGCUACUCUGGGUACUGGCGACACUGCGGAGGAGGGUGUGCUGGGGGAGGGGAAAGGACAGUGUCCCAGUAUCCAAAGUAUUUUUAGAACAGAGAAUUGUCAAGACCUUUGGACUUAAAAUGGCAAGCUUUUGUUUUUGUUUUACAGUAUCUAAAUCAUUCCAAGAUGCCCUAGAAAUUUUGAAAGUUCAGAGAACAGUUAAAACUGAAAUAUAUGGAUUUGGGAAGGAGAGAGGUAAAUAUUGCUACCUCUAGAACUCGGUGAGAAGGAUUGUGUGGAAUUUUGUAAUACUAAUCUUGAAUGACUAAAUUUACUAAUAACUGUAAAUAUUGGCCACUGCUUGAAUCAUGGGUGUCUCCUUACAUAUUAGGAGGAGAAACUGUGGGAACCCAGAACUCCAGUUAGAUAUCAUGUUGACAAGAAGUUUUGAAGCCACCUACUGUAAAACAAGGAAUGUCUGUAUUGAUUACUCUAUGGAAACUUGUAUUAUGUUCAUGAAGGUGUGUAACUUAAUUGUAACAAAGGGCAAGAUCCUGCUCUGUUAAAAAGUUGGCAAAAAUGUGGAAUUAACUUAAUUGGUUGCAGUGGUUAUUCCACCUUUACAAUAUUAUAGCUGAAGAGAGAAUCUAACUCAAAGUGUAAUUUCAUACUUUUACUGCUUUUUGGAAUCUUGGUGACUAAGUGAUCAGAUUUGCAACAGGCUGGAAUGAAUGAGUGUCUGUACUAGAAAGGUUUUGAUGAGUUCUAAUAGGUUUUCUUUUCACAGCCUUUCAUCAUGACUCCAAGCCCCUCAGGUAUGCCUCCUUGUGUAGAGGGUUUUGGGUGAUUUCCCCCCCCCCCCCCUUCAACCAUAAGAAAUGGGAGGCAGUGCUUCAUUUAUAGAGGUGUGACUUUUACUGUGGCAGGUCUAAUAUUCUCAUUAAAGAAAUGCACAUUACUUAAAACAAAACAAAACACUCCAAAAAACUAGUCUUGUUCUCCAGUUUGUCUUCCAUUGUUGACACAAAGAUCAAAGUUUUAGUGACCGUUAACUGCAGGGUUAGGGUAAGGGAGAAAGGCACACUGAAAAAGAUGGAGAAAGCAAGUCCAGCUUGGUAUUCUCUGUUCAGUAGAGAAGAGGAGCAGCCAAAGUGUGGUCCAUGGAGCUUUAGAAUGUGGCUCCUCUUUCAUACAGAAAUUACAUGACCCAGACACGUCUCUUGGCUGCUCUGACUGUUGCACGAUCUCCAUAUCAAACUGUAGCUGUGUCUUUAAAGAUGUGGAGGGAUGUAAUCUGUUUCAUGUUAUCAAGUAAGGUGCAGCUCUCUGCCUUCUGCCAAGCUGCUGACGUGGCCCUCAUUUGGACCUUCCUGACAUAGAAUAUAAAAGUCUACAUUAUAAACACCAUAGAUUUUCAGGUACUGAUUAACUUUCCUGGAACUAAAUGCAGAAUUCUUUUUUUGAGACAUAAACACAUUUCACUCAAGACAACCUACUCACGUGCCUUACUGUAACGCUACUGGGCAAAAUUCACCUCUUUGCAGUGGGCCAGCACAAGGCCUAUGCACCAAUUAAAUGGGAUUUAAUUGGUACAUUGUAGAGGGCCAGCACAAAACCAAAGAGGUGAUUUCUCUCCCUCCCCCGAAAGUAUUUUUCAGAUCUGGGGCCAUCUCAGAAUUGCUUGAGUUCUCAGCCAGCCAGCCAGCCCUCUUUGUCCCCUGUCUUCCACAUUUUAAGAAAAGCAACAGUCUGGGGCAUUAACUAGCAUUGUCUUCUUGCCCUUUGAUUCUCAUGUAAUGAAUCAGAAGUGUGUCCAGUGUUUUAGCUCUUCAACAUAAAAGUGCCUAUAGCUAGUUUCAUUUCCCAGAUGCUGCUUGGGGAAAAUGUGAAGUAGUUCAAGGAAACUUAAAUUUACUAUUUGCCACCAUUUAGAAUUUUGUUGGGGUUUGUUCUUCAAUCAUUUCAGUUUUAUAGGUGGGAUUAUGUGGGUCAGCUGCUAACUUUAAUAAAAAAAACAAAUUUAUGGCAGAUAUAGAUGUGGGGUGUGGGGGUGGAAUCCUUCCAGCUGCUAACCUAUUUCCAGCCACCUCUGGGCCAUUAAAUCUGAGCAUGGUUUCCCCUCUCAUGCCUGAUUUCCAUUUGCCAAGACGAUCCAGUGCUGUAAAAGACAUUGGCAGUUGCAACCAGGUCUUUAUGUUGUGUUUUGAAAUGUUGUUCCUACAUCCAAAUUAAAAAGACAAAGCGGCCUCAUCUUCCACUUUGCUCUCCCCUCUGUCUUAUGACAGUUAGACCGGUUUGAGGGUGACUAAAUGGGUUUCAAUGGUGUGUGUGUUUUGUGGAAGGCAGACUAACAAAUCUGAUACAUUGGUACAAAACUGCUGAAUAAUAGACAAAAAGAGCCGUGUUCUUCCAGUGCUGGGGGUUUCUGUGAAUCCAUUGCUGCCAAUGGACGCCACAAAACUUAAAUAAAACCAAAACCAGUGCUUACUGACAAACACCUUGUCAUCCUGCAUAAGAGAUGAUUUUUUUUUCUCCAUUUGAUUUGAGUGGUACAGAUAAAAAAUAUACCAACAUUCUCAGUAAAAUAGAAACAAAAAAGUAAUACAGAAACCUAUUGACCUUAAUAGGAGCCUGAGAGCUCUAUCUUUUCUAUUCUCUUCUUGCCUUCUAGGCUUCAGUCUACUAAUUUGAUGCAUUUAACUUAUAUAUGAAAAAGAGCCCCUGAUUUUUAGUCUGUACAGUCCUGGUGAUCUCACUUCUUCUGUCACUCCGUCACAUGAACAGAUACAACAUCUGUUUGUUCUUUGUUUGUUUGGUGAUUGUCACUGGAAUCACAAUGUAUGUAAAUAUUGGAUAACUCGGUGUCAAAUGUAAUUUAUUUUAAUAUUUUGCAAUAAAACAUGA